AUGGAUUUAAAAGGAUCUCUCAUUGAUACCAAUGUCCGAAUCUACCCAUCCAAGAAACUAAGGGACUUCAUAAAAACUAUUGCAGUUAAUAGAGCAACACCUUAUAACAUUGCAAAAAUAGCUAAAAGUGAAGAAUUUACUGCACAAAACAUAACUGAAUCUGUCUUACAACCAUCAGAAUAUGAAUUGAACAAUAAAGACAUUGUCAAAAUUAAUAAAAUCAAAAAUAUUGUGAAAAGUGAUGAAUCUUCUAACAUUGAAGAGACAGAAGUUGAGCCGAUGAAGGAAAAUAAUGUAAAUCACAAUAAUAAUCAAAACGAAAAAAGCAAAAACAUAAGGGAUGAUCAAAAUGUAAAUAUUGAUUCUGAUGGAGGAAAAGAUAACAAGAAACCUGAUGAUGGAAAUUCUCUUAAUAGUAAAGAGAGUUUGGGUUCUGAUAAAUCGGAUAGUUCAGAAAAUUCAGAAAUUUAUAGAGAUGAGCAAUAUUUAGUAACCAAUGAUAUUGACUGGCUUUACAAAUACCUUAAAGAGAAAAGAGGAAAGGGUGAUAAAAAUGUCCCAUUCCUACAUGUUUUACUUGAAGGUGUAGAUGUUGUAAUGCCUGGCAACACAUUUAUAAAGAGGAACCCAGUACUUGAAGAGAGAUGUGUAAAAUUACGAGCUCAGCAAGAAGCAAGGGAAUAUAGAAAGAUGACUAAGAGUGUAGAUAAUGUCAGGAUCAGGUUCCCUGAAGAUACCAUAUCUUAUCAAAUGAAACAACUAAACCGCCAACUCAUUGCAAUUGGUCAAUUUGUGUUGUCAAUUUUUGCUGGUUUUCUUUUUGGAUUCAAAGGAGUGGAAUGGAUGAUUGGUCCCAUGGAAUUUGGAUUCCGUUUGCUUCUUGGAGUAAUGUGUGCUUUAAUAAUUGCUCUUGCUGAAAUUUACUUCCUUGCCAAAAAGUUGAAUGAAGAAUUAAAUGUACCAGAAACAGUUCAGCUUGGAGGCCCAACAAAGUUUGCUGAAGAACCAACUUGUCAUGGACAUAAAAUAAGUAAAUUUGACAAAGAGCAUAUGGAUUAAUUAACUAAUAUGAAAGUUUCUAAGAGUUCUUUAUUUUCUUUUUGUUAUAAUGUAUUAAGUACUUAGUUUUUAUAGUUAUACAUAAAUAUAAUUAUAUAGCCUUGUAUAAUUUAGAAAUUUAAUUUGUAUAUGGCGCAGUCAGUAGAGGCUUUACGGUGAUAAUUUGAUAUGCAGCGCAAGCAGGCACACAUACUUUUAAUAAUAUUCUCAGUUCUGCUGACUGUACCCCAAUAUUAUAAUUAUGUGUAUAUGGGAAUAAAAUUAUCGCACAUAA